AGAUAUGAAGGUCAUCACUUGUGAAAUAGCGUGGCAUAAUAAGGAGCCUGUUUACAGCUUGGACUUCCAACAUGGAGCUGAUGGGAAGAUCAAUCGACUGGCCUCGGCAGGUGUGGACACAACCGUUCGUAUAUGGAAAGUGGAAAAAGGACCAGAUGGAAAAGCAAUUGUGGAAUUCUUGUCCAACCUUGCCCGCCAUACCAAAGCAGUAAAUGUUGUGCGCUUCUCUCCAAGUGGUGAGAUCCUAGCAUCUGGAGGAGACGAUGCUGUUAUUUUAUUGUGGAAGCUGAAUGAUAGCAAGGAAUCGGAACCAUUGGUUUUUCAGGAUGAAGAUGAAGCUCAGCUCAACAAGGAGAACUGGACAGUUGUUAAAACUUUAAGGGGCCACUUAGAAGAUGUAUAUGAUAUUUGUUGGACCUCAGAUGGAAAUUACAUGGCAUCUGCUUCUGUAGAUAACACAGCUAUAAUGUGGGAUGUCAAUAAAGGACAGAAGGUUUCAAUAUUAAAUGAACACAAGAGUUAUGUCCAAGGAAUAACCUGGGAUCCGCUAGGCCAGUACAUUGCGACUCUGAGUUGUGAUAGGGUCCUGCGGGUGUACAACACGCAAACCAAGCGUGUAGCUUUCAAUGUUACCAAGAUGCCAUCUGGAUCAGGAGCUGAAGGAGAGGCAAGGAGCUAUCGGAUGUUUCAUGAUGACAGCAUGAAGUCAUUUUUCCGCAGGCUCAGUUUUACUCCUGAUGGCUCCUAUUUACUGACUCCAGCUGGCUGUGUUGAAUCAGGAGAAAAUGUAACAAAUACCACAUAUGUUUUCUCCAGAAACAAUCUUAAAAGGCCCGUGGGUCAUCUGCCAUGUCCUGGAAAGGCAACUCUUGCUGUUCGCUGCUGCCCAGUCUACUUUGAGUUGAGACGAACGUUUAAUAAAGGUGAAAUCAGUCAGAAGUCAGCUCCUGAUCUAUUUAAUCUGCCCUAUCGAUUGGUGUUUGCUGUUGCUUCAGAAGAUUCUGUGCUUUUUUAUGAUACUGAGCAGUCCUUCCCAUUUGGUUAUGUUUCUAACAUACACUAUCACACCCUGAGUGACCUUUCCUGGUCCAGCGAUGGAGCCUUUCUUGCAAUUUCUUCCACGGAUGGAUACUGUUCAUUUGUUACCUUUGAGAAGGAUGAGCUGGGAAUACCACUGAAGGAGAAGCCGCAGAUAAAUGUCAGGACUCCUGGUGCAACAGAGAAGAAAGUGAAAAAGAGCCAGUCGCACAAAGUCGUUUCACCGGGCUCUAGGCUGACAGAGGGGACUCCUCCCAGCAGGAUCACUGAUCCCAGCACUCCCACCCUCCAACCUAGAACACCCACAGCUACCAGUAAGGACUUGCCUUCCACACCUGUUGGCAUAAAAAAUGUUCCAGUCUCAUCCUCAGAUGAGAGGAAAAUCAGCCAGCCAGCCAGCCAGAGCACUAAAGUAAACCAGCCCAGAAGGAUUACUCUCAACACUUUACAAGCAUGGAGCAAGACGCCAAGGAGAGUAAGCUUGAUUCCACUGAAGCCAGAUACACCAGCCUCUGCAUGUACAGAUACAGUUCCUACACCUGCUUCCUCAGAACAGGAACAUGAGAGGCCGUUACCAUCGGAAGACAGUCUUCAAAAUCCCCCAGCGUCAAAACGUCCUAGAAUUGAGGAAAUGUCUCUUUCCACAUCUGCUGAAGAUCAAAUCAGCUGCAAUUCAAACAAAUAA